GGCGGCGGCGGCGGUACGGAAAGGGCGCCCACUCCCCGGGCGAGCUGCAAGGCGACCGCUCCUCGCGGGCGGCCGGGGUCCGCGCUGCAGCCGCCGGUGCUCUCCGGCCCGGGCUGCCGCGACAGGCGGCCCCGGCUCCCGCCGACUCGCGGCGCCCCCCGGCUGCGCCCCCACGCGCCGCUCGCGGCCCGGGCCAUGGGGCUGGGCGGAUCCGAGGCUCGGCCGAGCUGAGGCGGCGGCGCCCGUCCGCGCAGCCCGCUCGCCGGCGCCUGGCCCUCACGAUGAUGAAGAAAAAGAAGUUUAAGUUUAAGGUGGACUUCGAGCUCGAGGAGCUCUCCUCGGUGCCCUUCGUCAACGGGGUCCUCUUCUGCAAGAUGCGGCUGCUGGACGGCGGCAGCUUCACCGCCGAGUCCUCCAGGGAGGUGGUGCAAGCAAAUUGUGUUCACUGGAGAAAGAAGUUCUCGUUUAUGUGCAAAAUGAGCGCCAGCGCCUCCACCGGCAUCCUGGAUCCUUGUAUCUACAGAGUGUCUGUACGGAAGGAAUUAAAAGGUGGGAAAGCUUAUGCAAAGCUGGGCUUUGCAGAUCUAAACCUGGCCGAGUUUGCUGGAUCAGGAAAUACCACCCGCCGCUGUUUACUGGAAGGCUAUGAUACCAAAAAUACAAGACAGGACAAUUCCAUCCUUAAAGUUUUGAUCAGUAUGCAGCUGAUGUCCGGUGACCCAUGCUUUAAAACGCCACCUUCCACAUCCAUGUCAAUACCAAUCGCUGGGGAAUCUGAGUCUCUGGAAGAGGACAGGAAAGGUGGCGAGACCCUCAAGGUGCAUCUUGGAAUAGCAGAUCUUUCAGCAAAAAGUGCCUCUGUUCCAGAUGAACUUGGUGCCUGGGGACACUCUAGAACAUCAAGCUAUGCAAGCCAACAGUCCAAAGUAUCAGGCUAUAGCACCUGUCACUCCCGGUCAUCCAGUUUCUCCGAGUUCUGUCACAGGAGAAAUACCUCAGUGGGAAGCACAUCAACGGGGAUUGAAAGCAUUCUCGAGCCAUGUGACGAGACUGAGCCAAUCACAGCUGAACCAAGUCCAGACCCGGCUGCCGCUGCUGCCGCCACCACCACCGCUGCUAAGGAAGAGGAAACUUCAGAGAAACUUGCCAGAUGCCCAGUGAAGCAGGAUUCUGUUGAGUCUCAGCUGAAGCGGGUUGACGACACCAGAGUGGAUGCUGAUGACAUUGUGGAGAAAAUCCUACAGAGUCAGGACUUCAGCCUCGACUCCAGUGCAGAAGAAGAAGGGCUGAGGUUGUUCGUGGGACCUGGGGGAAGUACAACCUUUGGCAGCCACCACCUUCCAAACAGGGUAGGGUCUGGAGCCUAUGAACAGGUCGUGAUCAAACGCUAGGAGUGAAGCCGGCGGGCGGAAGCUUCCCUGAGUGGACAACAGCUGUUUCGAGGUGUGUUAGUCAAGCAUGUAAGAAAAACACGGAGCCUGUUUUCAAAGUGAAGCUCACCUGUGAGGAGGAAGGCAGCGCUGACUCAUUCUUAAAGCAUCCCGCACAAUCCUUUCCCACCUACUCAACCCACUGGGGGAGUAUGUGAACGGAUGGAGGGCGGGGCAGUGAAGACUUAGCCUACAUCAGCACCAGACAGAAGAUCUGCUUGCGCUUCUGAAGCACCCAGAGAAAACCCGUACUGGACACAUUUGAGGGUGAUUUUAGUACUCCAGCGUAAAUUAUCUAAAUUGGGGGUGCUCAACAGGUCUGGGCUCUGUUUUUAAAUUUUAUAUUUAAGAGACAGUACUUGAGGUCAGUUUGAACCCUAUAAAUUCUAUCAAGCUAGUUAUAAUUCCUAUGAAGUAAAUCUUCCAUGUCCUGUUACCUACAGCCUUGUACUAAAUGUAUUAACUCCUUUUAUGCAGCAAUUGGCAGGAAGAGAGGAGGCUCAUGCUUUGGAGAAAUAUUAUGCUAUAGCUUAAACAUUUUAAAUACUUUAUAAUUCUGAGCAUUUCAGACUUAAGUCAAAUGGCAAAUGUGUCCAAGUCGGCGGCAGAUGGCCAGAAGGAAGGCUGUGAUGGUGCCGCGUCUAUUAUUCCUGUUGUUAAUAUUAGGUGAGUCACAAAACCCCUGUGCCACUGUCUAAGAGUCAAAGUAAGCGUAAUGAUCAGUAUGUUAGGCUUCCAUAGACAAGCUACAAGAGCCGUUUCAUAAUCCAUUCAGCACUAAGACUUGCCCAUCAGGUGGUCAGAACAGAUGCAAACCUGUUAGCUGGUCAGAAAGAUAGCAUUCUAUCAGAGCCAGACUUCUGUGAACUAGCACUUUCCAUGCUGUGCUAAUGGACAGACGUCUGAGCAGCUGAGUGGCAGCGAUUUCACGGAGGCCACGGGACUGGCACUUUCCUAUUUCAGCCUCUUGACCAGAGACCAUUUCCUUCUUUACUGUGUCAGAAUUUAGCUGUUUGAAGCCAGAACAGACCAUACCAUACCUCUAAUACAGCUUUUCGGGUCCAGAUAUCUAGUCUGGGUCCAUGCUAACAGUACAGCACACAAGCUGUAGCUUUUCUGCUCUCACUUGACAGUACCCAUGUAGAGAGAGCUAAACUUCCCUUUGCUGAAGAGAAGCAUGAGUUUAUACAGAGCCAUCAGUGCCCUAGUCCUCACCUUCACAAUGGUGUCCUAAAAGACAAUAGGUCAGAUCAGAAUCACUCUGGCCAACCUAAUUUUAUGUUGCAAUGCUUGAAUAUUCGGAUUGGGAAGUUUGGUAAAUUGGAAUUGUUUGCAUUAGAAUUUUUAUUUUAAUAUCUCAGGAAUGAGGUAAUCUACACUAAUCCAAACUAUUUUUACAAAUAGAUUCUGAUUUUUAAAAAAAAGAUGACAGCCUGUUUUGGAAUAUUUUGAAUACUAAAAGGAAGGAUUAUCUGAGUCAGAUUCAGACAUACUUGGAGGGCAGGACACUAGCUAACAUCUUGAGCAGGUUAUCCAAAUAGGUGAGGACGUGCUGUCUGUUUCCAGGUGAGCAGGUCCAUUGUAUGUUACGACAAGAUCAAAGUGAGUUUUAACUAGAGUUAAUGAAGAUGCUAUUUAAAGAGGUUUAGUCUGACAAUUUUAAAGGCAUAUUUUUUCUAUUUUUAAAAUAUAAUUUCUAGGCUAUAUUUUUAUCAGCGCUUCUGCAAAUGAUUUUGGAUUCUAAAGACAGUAAUAACACUAGGUUGUGGGCCUGGUUCAGUGAGGCCGCUCAUCAGACACAUUCAGGUGCUGUAGUCGGGGCAGAGUUUAGCCUUCCCUGGCUACCUUGGCCCCAUAUCUUACCACAGGAUUAGGUCUUGAUAUUUUAAAUGGUACAGAAACUUUUUUUUUAGAACAGUAUAAUGUGUGGAUCUGGGGAAUAUAGCUCAGUUGGUAGAGUGUUUGCCUAGACUACACAAUGUCCUGGGUUUAAUCCCCACCCAGUACAUAAACCAGGCAUGGUAUAUGCCUGUAAUCCCAGCACUUGAGAGGUAGAGGCAGGAGGGUCAGAGGUUUAGGGUCAUUCUUGGCUCCAUAGGGAGUUGGUAGCCAAAGUAGGCUGUAGGAUACUCUAUCUCAAAAAGGGAAAUGUGAAGACAUUUUGAAAAGUGUAAAAAUUAUGCCUUUUUAUCCUAACAGCUACCAAUAAUCUUGAUUCAUAUAGUUUCUUGAUUCAUAAAUUGUUACGUAUUAUAAAAAUUCAUUUACUGACCAGAAACAUGGAGUUGGAGGGGGGGAAGGAUAGCUGUGACUCUUGCAUCAGCUAAGUCUGGAUUCUCCUGCCCUGGUGUUCGCGGGCAUGUUCUGCAUUCCUAUGUCAACACAGCCCAAGCAGGAUGUGAAGCGUCGCCCGAGUGUCUGCAUUUCUCUUCUUUCUGCAUGGCACAGACUGCCAGGCUGUCUGCCACAAGGCUACUUUGAAAGCUGUCUGCUAAGUAGCAAAUCUACUUUUAACUCUGCUUUGAGUUUAGAGAACAAUAGACUUGGGAAAGUAGGCUCUUAAAAAGUUAAUUUUAAACAGACCAAUCUUGGAGAAAAUUUUAGCUGUGAGUUGAUUUCUACUUCUGUCCUAGCGGAAAGACAGACAGCACCCGUUACAGCUAGUAUCUGUGAUGAGACGAAAGGGAUACCUUGUUCAAAAGGAUAUACAGGCCAAUUCAGGAGAGCCUCUCCUGCCACAAGCUGGUGACAAGACUGUACAGGAUGUGACACCCAGGGAAAGACAGAGAAGGCCCAGGGUCGUUAGUAUACACCUGAAUGCUGGGCUCUGUUUUGUGGCAGUGUUAGGCAGCUUCUGUAUACAACAACUAAUGUAGAUUAACAUUCUUGACAUUAAAGUCUUGACCAACCACCCCAAAUUCUACCAUCGCAUUCCAGCAUAAAACCAUGAAAAUAAUAUCCAAGCUAGUUUCUUCUGUAUAUGUUUUUGGUUUUUAGUUUGUUUUUGUUCUUUUUUUUUUUUUU